AUGGGUUACUCCUGUUGCGGCCCAUCGGCUCCAGCCCCUGAGCCUGAUGCUACGCCCAUCGCGGCUCCCACUGACGAGACGAGCGGUUACCAGGAUUCUUGCUGCGAUCGGGACCGCGGUAAGCCUCUCCACACCACGGCCCCAGGUCAGGCAGAGCCCACCCAGGAGAACCUGGAUGAUUGUUGCUCUCCCGGCAAAUGCACGGACAACAAAAUUAAGAAUGAUACCGACGCGCCUGACUGCUGCCGUGGCAAAGUCAGCCCAUGUUGCGACACGUCUUGCCUUGACCGCUUAGCUAUGCGGGAAUGCGAGAUGAGUGUUGCGGCUGCCCCCGGGCCAUAUGGUCAGCUAACCGCUUGCGGUGGAGCUUCCGACCGCAAGGCAUGCAGCCAGCAUAGUCUCUCUACCCUCGACCGCUACGGCGCCAUUUUACAAGCCUUGGGAUGUAUCUGCCGCGCUCUCAUUGCUCUUGGCCAGGAAACCUGCUGCGAAAUCCGUGAGCGCCAUUCACUGGACGGGAAGCAGUGCUCUAAGAAGUCAUCUGCUUGCUCCCUUCUUCGCACUUCGCUGGAUUUCUGCAGCAGCAACGGCUCCGUCACCAAGGACCAGGCCCCGCAGAACCGUCUCCACCUGCGAAGGGGUUCUCGUGAAAGCGUCAGGCCUGUAAAGAAGCCGUCCGCGGAUGCCUGCGUUGUCUCUUUUUGUUCAAAGGACAAGCCCGCCGAAUGGCCUCCCAUCAAAAGCAAGUGCUCGAAGCCUUGCUGCUCUGAGGGCAGACCUAUCAAGGAACCUCCCCCCAACAGCAACUGUGCCGGCUCUUACUGCACGGGCGACAAGGCUAUCAAGGACGCCCAAACACAAAACAGGCCCUCCUGUUCUUGCUGCCCUGUGGCCCCACACGCCACGGCUCCGUCCGUCAAGGACAACUCUUGCCACUCCCUUGGUAAGCCCGCAAAGGAACCUGCCGCCCAAACUGGACGCCUUGAUUUUUCCUACUCGCAAAUUUGCCGUGUCAAAGAACCCUCUCCCAAUGUCGGCUGCUCCGGAUCCUGCCGUCCUGGAGACCGGCAUGCCAAAGACAACGACACUAAGAGCACUUAUGCGGACUCGUGCUGUUCGAAGGCCAAGUCCGUUGUUGAACUUUCAACUAGUGGAUGUGCAGGAUCUUGUUGCAGAACAGCUAAGAAUACGAUCAUCAAAAAGCCCUCCAAUCCCGCAUGUUCUAGCUCUUGCUGUAAGCCACUGAAGCACGAUAUUGUGAAGACUCCGAAGGACAAAUGCGCGAACUCUUGCUACGCAGAAAAGGGGCCUUUUGGCCCUCAAGACUCUUGGACUAAUGCUUGCUGCACGUCGCCUGCGCCCAAUCCCGAUUUGGAGAUUGAGGAAGCCCCGCUUCAGGCUAUCACGGACAUAGAGAAUCAGGGUAUUGGCAAGGAACAUGUUGUUCUUAGCAUUUCUGGCAUGACUUGUACCGGUUGCGAGACAAAGCUCAAACGAACUCUUGUUACUGUCCCCGCUGUCAAAGACUUGAAAACCAGUUUAGUUCUCUCACGAGCCGAGUUCAACAUUGAUCUUCGCCUUGGCUCAGUGGAGGAAGUCAUGAAACAUCUGGAGCGAACGACUGAAUUUAAGUGCGAAAGAGUCCAGAACCAGGGAUCUAGCCUAGAUCUUAUCAUCCCCAAUGAGCUCUCGAACUUCAUUAAUCAGACGUGGCCAGACGGAGUUCUUGAAAUGGCACUAGUGGAUCAGCAGACCGUGCGAGUUACGUUUGAUCCGAAGAUCGUGGGGGCUCGAGACCUUAUCGAAACGACUUGGGGUCCGCCAAUUGAACUUGCUCCUCUACGCGGUGACCCUUCGCUGGAGGCUGGCAAUAAGCAUAUUCGUUAUGUCGGAUAUAUAACGCUUCUCUCCGCUGUCUUGACGAUUCCUGUGCUGGUUAUGGCAUGGGCUCCGCUUCCUGAGAGGGAGGUGGCAUACUCCUCGGCUUCACUCACGUUAGCCACGAUUGUUCAAGUUGUUAUAGCGGGGCCUUUCUAUCCUAAGGCCCUAAAAGCUCUCGUUUUCUCGAGGGUUAUCGAGAUGGACCUCUUGAUCGUCUUAAGCACUAGUGCUGCCUAUAUUUUCUCGGUGGUCUCCUUUGGGUACCUUAUUGCAGAGAAGCCGCUUUCAACUGGUCAAUUCUUUGAGACGAGCACUCUUUUGGUCACAUUAAUUAUGGUCGGUCGAUGGGUUACCGCUCUCGCUCGUCAGAGAGCUGUGGAAUCUAUUUCUAUCCAGUCACUUCAAGCAUUAACAGCUAUCCUUGUCGAUAAAGAGAGCGGAACGGAACGUGAGAUUGACGCUAGACUUCUUCAAUAUGGCGAUACCUUCAAAGUUCUUCCUGAUAGCAGAAUCCCGACCGACGGCACUGUGAUUAAUGGGUCGUCUGAGGUUGACGAGUCUAUGCUCACUGGCGAAUCUAGACCGGUGGAGAAAUAUCCUAAGUCUAUAGUGAUUGCUGGGUCUAUUAAUGGACCUGGAGCUAUGACUGUUCGACUGAACCGGUUGCCGUGCGAUAACACUAUUCAUGCUAUUGCUGCGAUGGUCGAUGAGGCUAAAUUAUCGAAACCUAAGCUGCAGGAUCUCGCAGACCGGGUAGCAUCCUACUUCGUCCCGGUUAUAGUGGCAUUGACAAUCCUUACGUUCGUCAUCUGGGUCGCAGUUGGCAUGACUAUCCGUGGAUAUGAUGGACCUGAAGCUACAAUCCAGGCUAUUACCUACGCUAUUACUGUCCUCAUCGUCUCCUGCCCCUGCGCUAUUGGACUGGCUGUUCCUAUGGUCAUUGUCAUUGCUAGCGGAGUUGCGGCGGAAAGAGGUAUUAUCUUUAAGUCGGCAGAUGCCAUUGAAAUAGCUUAUAAGACGUCGCACGUUGUGUUUGACAAGACUGGGACCUUGACUCGGGGAAAGCUUUCUGUGGUCGCGAAGGACUGCAUCGAUGUGGAUAAGCUCCCGCUUCUUCUAGGUCUCAUCGAAAAUAGUCGCCACCCAGUCUCGGUUUCUGUGGCUACUUACCUCAAGGAUGCUUCAGUGAUAGCUUCGACUGUUCCUGAGCCUAAGAGCCUUACUGGUAAAGGGGUUGAAACUACGUUAGAUGGCCGGAGACUUCGAGCAGGCAAUUCUCGCUGGCUGAAUUUAUCGGAACAUGAACUUGUCCAACCAAUGCUUGCUCAAGGGUACACUGUCUUCUGCUUUACUAUCGAUAACGCUUUACACGCGGUCUACGGUCUUGAAGAUGAGCUUCGACCUGACACUGCGGCGACGAUCGAGAAGUUACAGAAGCGUGGCGUUUCGGUACAUGUCGUUUCUGGCGACGACGAGGGAGCUGUUCGAACUUUAGCGUCCAAGCUUAGCAUUCCUGACGACAAUGUGCGUUCUCGAAGCUCGCCCGCCGAUAAGAAGGACUACAUUCAGACGCUCCUCGGUACUGGCAUAGAUCGCAAGAAACCGAUCGUUGUUUUCUGCGGUGACGGCACGAAUGAUGCUGUUGCUCUCGCGCAGGCUACGAUCGGCGUCCACAUAAACGAAGGCACAGAUGUCGCUCAAUCCGCCGCGGAUGUGGUUCUUAUGCGUGCCUCUCUGGGUGGCAUCCUCACUAUGAUGCACGUCAGUCGGAAAUCUGUCAACCGCAUUAAGUUCAACUUUACGUGGAGCCUCGUGUACAACACCUUUGCAGUCCUCCUCGCUGCGGGAUCUUUUGUCAAUGCGAGAAUUCCUCCAGAGUUUGCGGGACUGGGAGAGUUGGUGAGUGUCUUGCCAGUCAUUGCUGCUGCGGUGCUUCUGCGCUGGUCGAAGACCUAA